GGGUGAUUGCCUGAGUGCAUAGCAAAGGUGCCUGGCGAUUUUGUGAAUAUUUGAGCGGGACCGUUUGUAGGGCAGCACUGGAUCCUCACCACGUCUCUUGGCAGCUCUGGUUACACCUGUUGCUCGGGGUAUGGCAAAGACUGCAGCCGCGGAGCAUAAUCCGUCCACCCUGGCUCUGCGACUUUUGGUUCCACUGAGCUGUCUGUGGUCUUUGCUGUCUGCAGUUUCCUUCACAGAGGCUGCUUCUCUUUGCUACAACUUCAGUGUUGGCAAGUCAGGGUCUGGACCAUGGAGGUACGAAGUCCAAGGUCAACUGAAUGAGGAGACUUUUCUUCGCUACAGCAAUAACAAGUGUCUUGUCUUUAGUGCUCUGGGAAACAGACUAAAUGCAACAAAGAUCUGUGAACACCAGGUGGACACUCUGAGUGAUCUAGUUUACUCAUUCAAAGAGCAAGCGUUACACAUCAAUCAGGUGAAUAACACAAUCAGAGAGCCCCUCACUUUGCAGCCCACGAUGUGUUGCCAGUAUGAAGGAGAUGGAAAUGGAAUUUUCAAUGGAUACUGGGAACUUAGCCUUAAUGGAAGCAAAAUGUUCCAUGCUGACGCAAACACUGGAAAGUGGAUUGAAGUGGAUUCUAGAUUCAGCUGGAUAAAAGAUACCUGGGUGAAAAACAGGGAUCUAACAGCCUCCUUAAACAGGAUUGUACAGGGUGACUGCAGAACCUGGCUUGAUGAGUUCAAGUUGCACUGGGAAGAAAAGCUUGAGCCUAUAGCCUUGCCAACCACUAUUGCAGAAGUAGACCAGCUUCUGUCCAUGGCAUUUUUGUUCAACCCCUCUGAUCUGCUGAUCCUCCCCUGUUUCCUCCUGCAUGUUUUCUGAGGAGAAACCUUGGCAAUGACAGGUUGAAGAUGUUCCAGAGAUGGUUGUGAGAAUUCAUCUGGUGCAGCCACUCUGCCUUUUCGUCAGCCUCAACUAGAAGAAUCAUCAUCCUGUUGGCCCAGGAUUUGAUG